AUGAAUUUCUUAUCGCUUAAUAUCCGUAGCAUCUCAGACAAAGCAAAAGCCAGAUGGGUGAAUAAACUAAAACAAGACCACCAUCUAAACUUUCUUUGUCUCCUAGAAACGCACAAACAAGAAGCAUCUAGUCUAAACCCACACUCUUUUUGGGGAAAUUACAAUUUUUCCCAUGAUUUCAUACCCUCUUCUGGUUCGGAAGAAAGGUCUGGAGGUAUUCUCAGCAUUUGGGACCCUUCUUUUUUCACCCUUACCAACACCUUAAAAUCCAACCACUUCCUGUUAACUUCUGGUCUAAUAAAUGGAAUCUCAGAACAAUGCAACAUCCUGAAUCUUUAUGCACCACAAGAACUUCAAGCUAAGCAGAACCUUUGGGAUGAGAUCACAACUCUCAUAGCCAACACCCAAGGCCUAUGGAUUAUCCUAGGGGAUUUUAACUCGGUUCGAUGCCCUGAUGAACGAAUGCAUUCCAUGUUUAAUGAUUCGUGUGCACUCUCUUUUAACUCGUUCAUCCACCAAAACGGGCUGAUGGAAUAUACCAUGAAUGGCAACCUUUUCACUUACGUGGCAGAUAAUGGCAAGAAAAAGAGCAAAAUCGACCGAGUAUUGGUGUCAUCAAGCUUUAUGAAUAAUUGGCCACGAGCUUCUCUAACAGCCCUCCCUAGAUCCCUCUCUGAUCAUAGGCCACUGAUCCUGAACACUUCUCAUCUCGAUUUUGGCCCCUCACCAUUCAGGAUCUUCACCUCGUGGUUUAACAGACCUGGUUUCAAUGAUGUGGUCUGUGACAGUCUCAACUCAGGAUUCUACAAUGGUCGUCCUGACAAAUCCUCACAGCAAAGUUCAGAAAGCUGA